CCAGGCACAGGGGGCCAGGGCUGGCCGACGUGGCGGCUGCGGCGCUGCAGGGCGGUCAGGCUGGGAGGGAGGGACUGAGGCGAGAGGCGGGCCGGAAAGUUUGUCCCGCGGCCGAGGCGGGGACUCCAGCCCCGGGAUGCGCGCCAGCCCGCGCAGCGCCCGUAGCACGCCUCGGUGUCCUGCUCGCCAUGGGCCACCCCCCACCCCUCCUGCCCCUGUGUGCCUCUGUGUCUUUGCUGGGUGGCCUGACCUUUGGUUAUGAGCUGGCAGUCAUAUCGGGUGCCCUGCUGCCACUGCAGCUUGACUUUGGGCUGAGCUGCUUGGAGCAGGAGUUCCUGGUGGGCAGCUUGCUCCUGGGGGCUCUCCUCGCCUCCCUGGUAGGGGGCUUCCUCAUUGACCACUAUGGCAGGAAACAAGCCAUCUUCGGGAGCAACUUGGUGCUUUUGGCAGGCAGCCUGAUCCUGGGCCUGGCUGGCUCCCUGACCUGGCUGGUCCUGGGCCGCUCAGCAGCUGGCUUCGCCAUUUCCCUCUCCUCCAUGGCCUGCUGUAUCUACGUGUCAGAGCUGGUGGGGCCACGGCACCGGGGAGUGCUGGUGUCCCUCUACGAAGCAGGCGUCACCGUGGGCAUCCUGCUCUCCUAUGCACUCAACUAUGCACUGGCCAGCGCCCCCCAGGGAUGGCGACAUAUGUUUGGCUGGGCCGCUGCACCUGCUCUCUUGCAGUCCGUUGGCCUCCUCUUUCUCCCUGCUGCUACAGAUGAGCCAGCAGCCCACAAGGACCUCAUCCCCCUCCAGGGAGGUGAGGCCACCAAGCUUGGCCUGGGGAGGCCAAGAUACUCCUUUCUGGACCUCUUCAGGGCACGGGAUAACAUGCGAGGCCGGACCACAGUGGGGCUGGGGCUGGUGCUUUUCCAGCAGCUCACAGGGCAGCCCAAUGUACUGUGCUAUGCCUCCACCAUCUUCCACUCUGUCGGCUUCCGUGAGGGAUCCUCCGCUGUGCUGGCCUCCGUGGGGCUUGGCGCAGUGAAGGUGGCGGCUACAUUGGCUGCCAUGGGGCUGGUGGACCGAGCCGGCCGCAGAGCCCUGUUACUAGCUGGCUGUGCCCUCAUGGCCCUGUCGGUGAGCGGCAUAGGCCUCGUCAGCUUUGCCGUGCCCAUGGCCUCAAGCCCAAGUUGCCUGGCCCUACCCAACGCCACCAAGCUGUCAGGCCUCCCUGGAGACUCUGGAUUGCCAAUGGACAUAUCUCCACCUCCACUGCCAACGACCAGCACGAACCAAGGGGAGUCAGUCUUGUCAACUUCUGAGGAAAACGAGCCUAAUCCCAGAGCCGGAGACCCCACGACCCCUCUCCUGCCAGCCCUAAGCACCGCCUCCUCUGCAAGCGCUGCUCCUGCCCCAGAGCGCCCCCUGCUGCACUGGACGGCGCUGGUCUGCAUGAUGGUCUUCAUGAGCGCCUUCUCCUUCGGCUUCGGACCAGUGACCUGGCUUGUCCUCAGUGAGAUCUACCCAGUGGAGAUCCGAGGGAGGGCCUUCGCCUUCUGCAAUAGCUUCAACUGGGCCGCCAACCUCUUCAUCAGCCUCUCCUUCCUCGACCUCAUCGGCACCAUCGGCCUGUCCUGGACCUUCCUGCUCUACGGGCUGACUGCUGUCCUUGGCCUGGGUUUCAUCUAUUUAUUUGUUCCUGAAACGAAGGGCCAGUCGUUGGCAGAGAUAGACCAGCAAUUCCAGAGGAGACGGUUUGCGCUGAGCUUUGGCCACAGGCAGAGCAUAUCUGGCGUCCAGUACAGCCUCAUCAAGGCCUUUUGUGCUGGGAUGAAAGUCAGAGAACCCCAAAGUCAGGCUCUGAGGGUUCCUGAGGACCUGCCUUCUUGCCUCAGUUUCCCCAUUGGUGCUGCACAUUUCUGCAGUUCUUAUCAUGAGAACAUCACAUGGAGUUUCCACUGCUCCCUGGGCUUUCUCCAAAAAUCUCUGGGGAACCAAUCCUGGCAGUACGUCUCCUGGUAUCACCUGUAAAUCUAGCUGAAGAUACAAUAUUCUCUGCUUUUUUUUUGUCCACCUGGCUGGGACUUUUCAGCAAAGGGGAAGCCUGAUUUUUGGCUCUUGGGUCUCAGUUUUGUUCACCCAUUUAAUUCUUUUACCAAGAAUAUUUAUCAUUUGCCAGCACCUCAGACUAGUUGACAGGAGUCUUAAGGCCUAGUCCCGAUUCUGCUAUUGUCUUUGCUCUAUGACCGUGGGCCUCAGUUUUCCCCAUAUGUACAGUGGGGCACCUGGUCCAGGCUGUUCUUAAGAUGUCUUCUGAUGCCAGUGAGUUGGAAUUUUAAAUGCUGGUAAUACAACAAAUGUUCACAGGGCCCUGCUCUCAAGUUGUCAGUCCUUUCUCAGAGGGAUUUAAGUUUUAUUAGGGGAAAGGUGAAUACAAGCCCAGAGUUGUGUGCACCGUAAUGAGCUCCAGGAGCUGGGUCUGGAGGCUGACCGACCUGGCGUUGUCUUCGCCUCUUGGAAGCCGUUGACCUUGGGUAAGUAACAACCCCCUCAAGCCUCAAUUUCCGCAUCUGCAGAAUAGAGGUGAUUAUGCCCCCCGGGGUUGUAUUUAACCCCAUGUCCCUUCAGGAUGGUCUUCAGCUGGUCCCAUGCAGCUCAUCGGGGUUUCGAGGGGAUUUUCUGUUCACCCUCAGUACCGAAGCCCCCACCUUUGGGGCAUUGUAAAGAGUUAUCCCCCAAGGGGCGAGUCGGAAGGAGACCGAGCAGGCAGCUCAGGCCAGAGGUCGCUAAAGGAAGGGACUGGCAAGAAGGAGUUCCUGGGUGCUGAGAAUGAAAGGCUAGAGUGGAUCCGGGGUGCCGGCAUCAGACGAGGCUUUGUCGUCUGUGCCUGCGUCGUACCUGGGUGCUGAUGUAGCUCCCAUGGGACUCUGGCCCCUCAACUUCUCCUCUCCUCUUAUUCUAGAUACAGGUGCUCCUGGGCUUAUAACGGGAUUACAUCCUAAUAAACCCAUAAUAAAGUAAAAAAUGCAUUUAAUACACCUCACCUACCAAACAUCACAGCUUAGCCUAGCCUACCUUAGAUGUAUUCAGAACACUUAGACCAAUGAGCCUACACUGAGCACAGUCAUUUAACAAAAUGAAUACACUGUAUACUGUUGGUUGUCUCUCCUCAUGAUGGCGAGGCUGACUAGGGGCUGUGGCUCGCUGCCGCUGCCCAGUAUCACGAGACUAUCAUACUGCAUGUCAUUAGCCCAGGAAAAGAUCAAAACUCAAAAUUUUGUUCAAUUUUCAGGAUCUUCGCAAGCUGGCCGUUAAACACAGCCAUUAAAAGAAAUUAAAUUACUCGAAUUUAUAAUUAAACAAAUUAUGUCAAAAACAAAGGUAACCAAUACCAAAACCUCAUCACUUUCUUAUUUUACCACAUUUUACUAUUAACUGUGCUCCUGAGUUUUUUUACAUCUAUUGUAUCUUUUGAGGGACAUGGGGGAGAUGCUGAGCAUUUCUUCCUGAUGGCACGUUCGAUGACAUCCUGUUAGUCGCUCGAAAGCAGCCAUGGGGAGUGUAUUUGCACCCCAGAGAUUGGGGAACAUUACAAAUCAGGGCUCGAUUUAUUGUUUCGUUGAUUUUUCAGUCUUAAGAAUGUGAUGGGUAAAAUGUUAAUAAUGCAAAUUAAAAAUAUGUCUGUCCUGCCCAUGGCCGAUACAUUGUGAGCGGCACAUCAUUCCAGGAUUUGAACACUGCUGUCCAGUUCAGCAAGCAUGUCGCUCAUGUCACUGAUGGAGGUCCAACCUGCAUCUUCUUUAUUUUCCUUUCAUCUGACUCAUUAACAUAAACAGAAAUAAGUGUUCAACCAGCAUCCAUGCUGGAACUACCAUACUGAGCAACUUCUUACUGAGUUGUAUUGUCAUCCGGCAUUGGUGCGUAGUCUAAUUUUGUCCAGUCGUGGCUCGAUUGCAAUAAUAGUUGGUUUUGCAUACAAGAGUUUGGCCAAAAAUUAAAAAAACAUUCUGUGAGAAUCAAUCGGUUAUAUGGAGUUGAUAAGAAAGAGUAUUUUCAAUAAAGUGUUUAUUAUUAUUUA